ACAACCUUGCGUGGCUCAAUUUUCUUUCUCUCUUUUUCUCCUCAAACACGUGAAAUUUCAAAACCAUAAUGUGAAUUCAUGAACUCACAUUCAUAGCCGCCAUAUCAACACUACUACUCUUCUCCUUCUUCUUCUUCAUCUCACAAAACUUGGGCUCAAGAGCUCAGUCUUGACAUGUCUUUAGCCCAACUGGGUUGCCGAUCAUGGCUCGAGAGGUCACCAAUGGUGGUGACGAUGACGAUGACUCUGUUCUAUCUUUCGUUAUUAGUCUCUCUUACUAAGGGAGCUGACUAUAACGAGCUUCAGCCACUCUUGAAAUUCAAAUCCGUAUUCGAAAAAUCAAACACUGCCCUUUUCAGUUCUUGGAUUGAAGAUGCUAAUUCCAUCUGUAACUUCACCGGAAUUCGGUGCAACUCGAAUGGACUCGUCUCUGAAAUCAAUCUCCCUGCUAAAAACCUUUCUGGGGUUCUUCCUUUCGACUCGAUAUGUUCGCUUCGAUCGUUGGAAAAGAUUUCUCUCGGCUCAAACUCUCUGCAUGGAAUUGUCAGCGAUGCUUUGAAGAACUGUACUCGUUUGAAGCACUUGGACUUGGGUGUGAACUCGUUUUCUGGUAAAGUUCCUGACUUGUCCACUUUAAAAGAGCUAACGUACUUGAAUUUGAAUCUUAGUGGGUUUUCGGGGCUAUUUCCAUGGAAGUCACUUGAAAAUCUUACCAAUCUAAGUUUUUUGAGCAUUGGUGAUAAUCCAUUUGAUUCAACUCCUUUCCCUUCAGAGAUUCUAAAGCUUGAAAAAUUGUACUUUUUAUAUCUCACAAAUUCAAGUCUUUAUGGUAAGUUUCCUGAGGACAUUGGCAAUCUAACUCUGCUUAUAAAUCUCGAGCUUUCUGAUAAUAGAAUCAGUGGUGAAAUCCCAGCUAGUAUUUCAAAGCUUCAAAAUCUAUGGCAACUCGAGCUUUACAACAACUCAUUGAGUGGGAAACUACCGAAAGGUUUUGGAAACCUUACGAAUCUUGUGAAUUUCGAUGCUUCAACGAACAUGCUCGAAGGUGAUCUUUCUGAGCUGAGAUCUUUGACCAAGCUUGAGUCUCUUCAACUUUUCGAAAACCAAUUGGAGGGAACGAUUCCUGAGGAGCUUGGGGAGUUCAAGAACCUUCAUGGACUGUCAUUAUACCGAAACAAGUUGACGGGAAUGAUUCCUCAAAAGAUUGGCUCUUGGUCAGGAAUGGACUUCAUCGAUGUGUCUGAGAAUUCUCUCACGGGUCCGAUUCCACCUGACAUGUGCAAAAAUGGGUAUAUGUUCGAUCUUCUUGUUUUACAGAACAAACUCACAGGUGGGAUUCCUGAAAGUUACGGGAAUUGCAAGUCUUUAAGUCGAUUGCUCGUAAAUAACAAUUCGCUUUCGGGAAUGAUUCCGGAUGGAAUAUGGAGUUUGCCGAACCUUGAAAGAAUUGACCUUUCCAUGAAUCAGUUUGAAGGCUCUAUGGGAUCGGGUAUAGCUCAGGCAAAGUCUUUGGGGCAGUUAGUUUUGGCGAAUAAUCGAUUUUCAGGUGAAUUACCUGAUGAGAUCUCUGAAGCUUCUUCCCUGGUAGAAAUUCAGCUGAGUGGGAAUCAGUUUUCCGGGAAAAUCCCGGAACCAAUCGGAAAAUUGAGUAAGUUGAGCAAUCUUUAUUUAGACAACAACCAUUUUUCUGGUUCUAUUCCCGAAUCAUUAGGCUCAUGUCGUUUCAUCUCUCAAAUAAACCUUGCCCAUAAUUCACUUUCCGGGAAUAUCCCAGAUAGUAUUGGCUAUUUACCUAAUCUAAACGCCUUAAACCUCUCGGAGAAUCAACUCUCCGGUGAAAUCCCAAAUACUCUGUCUUCGCUUAAGCUCAGCCUUCUUGACCUGUCAAAUAACAAAUUGACCGGUCAAGUUCCGGAAUCCCUCUCCGUCGGAGCCUUUAAAGACAGUUUUAACGGAAACCCAGGUUUGUGCUUCGAUAAUUGUUCGUCGAACCAUAGAGAUUCCGGCCAUUUCCGUACGUACAUGACAUGUUUAAUCGCCGUAGUACUAGUCCUGCUCAUAUCGUUAGCUUGUUUUUUGGUCCACAAGCUAAGAAAGAACCAAAAAACCCUUUCGCGCCCAUUAAAGCAGAACUCAUGGAACAUGAAGCCGUACCACGUUCUGAGCUUCACGGAGAAAGAAAUCAUCGACUCAGUCAAGCCGGAGAAUCUGAUCGGAAAAGGAGGGUCAGGAACGGUGUACAAGGUUUCUUUAAAGGAUGGGAAAGAAGUCGCAGUGAAGCACAUAUGGGCUGCCACGUCUGAUCCCAACGAACGGAGGAGCUACCGGAGCACGGCUGCGAUGUUGAAGAAGAGUAAGUCCCGGUCGCCGGAGUACGACGCCGAGGUGGCGGCGCUGAGCUCGGUGAGGCAUGUGAACGUGGUGAAGCUGUACUGUAGCAUCAGUAGUGAGGACAGUAACUUGCUGGUGUACGAGUACUUGCCUAAUGGGAGCUUGUGGGACCGGCUGCACACGUGUCAGAAGAUGAAGAUGGAGAUGGGUUGGGAGGUUCGGUACGAGGUGGCGGUCGGAGCUGCCAAAGGGUUGGAGUAUCUCCACCAUGGCUGUCAGAGGCCAGUUAUUCAUAGAGAUGUUAAGAGCAGUAACAUUCUGUUGGACCAGAAUUGGAAGCCUAGGAUUGCUGAUUUUGGACUGGCUAAGAUUGUUCAAACCGGUGGGGAUUGGACUCAUGUCAUUGCUGGGACACUUGGCUACAUUGCUCCAGAGUACGCAUACACCUACAAAAUCAACGAGAAGAGUGAUGUUUAUAGCUUUGGAGUGGUAUUAAUGGAGUUGGUCACAGGAAAGAGGCCAGUGGAGCCAGAGUUUGGAGAGAACAAGGACAUAGUUCAUUGGGUUUAUAGCAAAUUCAAGAGCCAAGAGAGUGUGAUUGAUUUGGUGGACUCAACCAUAUCAGAUGCUCAAAAAGAAGAUGCCCUUAAAGUGCUGAAAAUUGCAGUGCAUUGUGCAUCACAGGUUCCAACUCUAAGGCCCUCCAUGAGAGCGGUAGUUCAAAUGUUGGAAGAGGCCCAACCUUGCCAACUCACUUCCAUAAGUGUUGUUAAAGAAGGUGAAAAUAGUCAUGGCCAAUUGAACAAUGGCACCAAGAUGAUGUUAGAGAAGCCAAACUACUAAUCAGCUUUGGAUUUUUUUCUUCUCAAUUAGAGAGUUUGUAUGUACCAUUAUGCAACGGCUUAAACAAUAGGUAUCAUAGUCGUUUGCCCUGUUUUUAUAGGCUCAGCUGUAUAUGAACUAUUUUGGAAGAUGAUAAUAAUAUUUGUAGCAAAGCAUUCUAUGAA